AUGCCUAAACUUCUCGUCAUCUUCGGUGUCACCGGCCAGCAGGGCGGUUCAGUGGCCGAGACUGUACUUGCAGACGCACAGCUGAGCAAGGAAUACUCCAUCCGAGGCACAACGCGGGAUACAAGCAGCGCGAAAUCACAAGAACUGGCGAAAAAAGGAAUCGAAGUUGUGGCAGCCAGUAUUGAAGAUCCCGCUUCCGUUCGCGACGCCUUCACCGGAGCUGAUGUUGUCUUCGCAAACACCAUCACCAUCUACGACGGACACGCACGCGACAACGAAGUUAGACAGGGCCGUGCCCUGGCCGACGCCGCCGUCGCCGUAGGUGUGCCCAAGUACAUCUACUCAACUCUGCCCAACGGGGGUAAGAACUCAAAUGGCAAAUACAAGAACAUGGGCCACUUUGACGGUAAAGCGGAAGUGGAGGAAUACAUCCGCACCCUUCCCAUUGAAAGUGCUUUCAUUGCCCUGGGAUCCUUCAUGUCAAACUUCAAUGCCUCCAUGGCGCCUCACCCUGCUGGUGACGGCACCUACACUUUUGCUGCCAUCGUGAGCCCCCAGGCCAAGAUGCCCCUCGUCAACACGGGGGAUGACACUGGCAAGUUCGUGGCCGCUAUCCUCGCUGAUUUCCCCAAGUACAAGGGCGAGGUGCUCAGCUGCGCCACCGCUCUGUACAGUUUCGAAGAGAUAGCCCAGGCCAUGAGCAAGGCGUCUGGGAAGACGGUCGCAUACCGACAGUUUCCCGUAGACGUCUGGAAAGGGUUCCUGCCGCCGUUGAUGAGUGAUCACAUUGUCGACAUGCUGCUGUAUUUCGAAGACUUUGGCUACUUCGGUGAGAAUACUGAGGAAAAGGUGAAAUGGUCGGCGGAGCAGGCUAGAGGUCACUUGACCACGCUCGAUGAGUAUUUCCAGGCCCACCCUUUGAACUUGGCAUGA